CCUAGAUUAUGGCGACGUGGAAGGUCAAGCCCCGACCAAUCAUCGGACUAGGAAGCCAUGGCUUUCACGAUACGCCGUCCUGGCGGGAUACCAAUCCCGUAUCACCUCAUCAGUACAACGGGGUAGCAGGGGCAGCUGGAUUCACUGUCUUCUGAGGUUGAUGAUACGUCCAGAACUGCAAGAGAUGGGUGCGGAGUGAUCUCUCGAUGUUUCCAUCUCCCUCGAUGGCGACAGCGUUUGUCACACACGGCUUUUCAUAUGCGGCACCGCAACCUCUAGCAACUUCCACGGGCUCGCGAAGUGGAGACGUGGCAUGCAGGCUCUUGUGUGUCUUUUCGAGCGCGCUGCAUAUUGCGACCACAACAUGCCCAGAGCGGCCCCUUUACUUGCUUGAUGGGGCACACCAAGCCUGUUUUUUGGGGAGCUUUCGGAGAGCAGUGAGCGGUGCGAGGAGCAGCGAAAAAGGGACUUGGUCAGCGGGUCCUUUCGGCUGGGCGAUGCCUUCACUCCGCGGAGGUCACGGAAAAGUCCGGGAUCACAGGACUGUCUCGGUUUGGGUGCGGGAUAGUUGCCCGGACGGUUUUCAGCCACUCCUCCGCGGAGUGCAUGCUCGCCCUCCCGCGCCACGGCCCAGUAUAUAUACUAUUUAGAGCCUUCAAACCACCUGGGCCAGGGGCUACUCUAUCGAGGCAGUCCGUCCUAUGUAUCUUCGCAC